GCAAAGGGGUCAAAUACUUAUUUUACUCAUUAAAAUGCAAAUCCAUUUUUAUUUAUUUUUUAUUUAUAUCAGGAAACCAGUCCCAACGGACCACAGACAUAGUAACAAAAAAUCACAAUAAAAAAGUCAAACAAGGCAUUUGUGUGCAACUUACAGAGUAUCCAGUACAAUAGUGGCAUUAUAAUAUCCUCAGGUAUACACUCCCCUGAAUGUGUGAUAAAAUUACACAGGGAGAAACGUGUGUCUCUCCCCGUAUCAGGGCCAGUGAGAAGAUCACGUGCGCUCAUCUCCCUGGACACGACCUACUGCCUCAUCUCACAGGUCGGUACAGUGUGACCCGAAGGGCCCGGCGCCCCGUGUUUUACAUUUUUUAAAGAGUAGGUAGCAGAGCCAUAGCGUAAAGGAUAGGUAGAAGAAUGUGCCCAAGGGCAGACGGGAGAUAGAAAAGGUCAAAGUUGGAAGUAUUCAGAAAAAGAAGGGAUGGUGGGGGGAGGACUCGCGAGCCUGUCACCCCUUCUCCUAUGGCGAACUGUCGUCCGCCAUGUCGCACCGAGAAAAUGCGGGGGGGGGAAUGCACCCCUUGAACAGUGAGUCGACGGUUUGCUUAGUCAACCCCUCUAAGGGCUUGGCCUUCUGCUGAAUAUUUGAAAAUAUUCCAAAGUUGCCAUGUCUUGGAGUAGGAUUCACUCCUAUCAUGGCCUGUGAGGACAAGGUCUUCCAUUAGGCUGAUCUCAUCAACCUUUUUAAGCCACAUUGCAAUGGUCGGUGGGGUAGGGGAUUUCCACAAGAGUGGAAUGUAGGCCUUAGCUGCGUCCAGUAGGUGUCUGACCACCGACUUUUUGUAAAUACCGGAUGGGGUGUUGGUGGAGUGAAAGAGGAAGUAUGCUGGGUCGUCUGGAACCUGACGGUCUGUGAACUUUUGUACUAUCCUGCCAACCUCUCUCCAGUACGUCUGUAUCCCCGGGCAGGUCCAGAAAAUGUGGAGCAUAGUGCCUUUUUCUUUUUGACAUCGCCAACAGAUGUCUGUAGCCUCAGGGAAAAAUUUAUGUAGCAGAUCUGGUGUUCUGUACCAGCGCAUUAGAAUUUUAUAAUUCGUCUCCUGUAUUUUAGAGCAUAAUGAGGACUUGUGUGUAAAUUUGAGGAUGUGUUGAAGUUUGCUGGAAUAGAGGUGGCAGUUCAGAUCACGCUCCCACUUGGCAAGGCUCGGUAGUUGGAAGUCUUCCGUCGACGAUUAUAAGCAUAUUAUAUGUCAACGAGAGAGCGUGCGGCAACACUCCGGUGUCUGUGCAAAGUACCUCUAGUGGCGUGACAGAUUGUGGUUCUGGGGUCGGGGGGUGUCUGGUCCUUGAGGUAGUGACUGAGCUGUAGCGCCCUCAGAAAGUCUAGUCGGUACUGUCCGUCCGGGUCCGAUAGUUUCCCAAUCGUCUUCCAUCUACCCCCAUGGCUAAAAUGAGUAACCCUGUAGAGUUCCGCCCUCUGCAGGUCUUAGAAUCUUCUGUCGCUGAUCCCUGGUUCGAAUUGGGGGUUCCCUAGGAAAGGGCGUAGAAUGGAGUGUUGGGAAAUGCAAAUCGAUUUAUAACUUUGAAAUGUGGCUUUCUGGAUUUUUUGGCUUGUUAUUUCAUCAGGGGGCAAACAUACAAAAUCAGCAGGGGAUAAACUAUUUCCCCCUCACUGUAUAUAUAAUAUAUAACUUGUUAGUUUUGUGUAUGGCGGCUAUUUAAGACCAUAAAUGAUCACCAGCAUUCAGAACUGGCUCUACUAAUGAGAUCUGUGGUGACCAUUGAUUUCUAGUCUUGCUCUCGCAAGCCGCCUCCAUGGAAACGCUACUAAGACAAAGAGAUAAAAAUAAUACAAUAUGUAAUUUUGUGGAAGAUGACAUCUACAGUUCAUGUUUUCUUCACGCUGUUCUGCUUAUGAUGAUAAUAAUGGUGUCCCUCUAAACAGAACUCCCCCCCUCCUUUCUCCGGGAGAAGAUAAAUAGCUCCUCAUGCUCUGCUGUCAUUAUACUUUCCCGCCCUUUGAGGAGGAUGCUGUUUCCAUAGCGAUGUUGCUAAGACGUUGCUAAGGCAUCCUGCAGCUGGCUGAGUUGGAACGCUUUUCAAAGGGGCUUCAUUACACGCCUUUCGACAGUGCCUCAGGAACAUGUAGAGUCGCAGGGACACUUUACGUUUCGUUAGCCGAGUCGGUAUUUGAACCUUAAAUAAAUGUAGGCUAUUGAGAGGGCUCGAGUCUCUUGGUUCUAUUCCACCAAUAUUCUACUGGCUGGGAGUUGCAUAGCAAGAGUCGACAAACGCAGAAGGGGUGGAGCUUCGAUUUCCAGGAAAAACACUUUUUUGCCGUCUCAAGGAAAGGAUUCCAACGAGAGAGACAGAAUAGUUUAUACUAAGAUGGAGAAUAAGGGAAAAGUCAAUAGGGAAUUGCAGCUGAAAUUGCGCCUGGAUCAAGUCACUGAUGAGUCUCUGGAAGUUACUCGACGCAUGGUGCAGCUGAUGGAAGAGAGUAAAGACGCUGGAAUUCGGACUCUGGUGAUGCUGGAUGAACAAGGAGAGCAGCUAGAGCUGGUUGAUAAAGGUCUGGAGCAGAUUAAUGAGGACAUGAGAGAAGCAGAGAAGAACCUCACUGAUAUGGGGAAAUGCUGUGGACUGUGCUCGUGUUGUGAUAGAAUGGUGAACAGCUCUACGUACACAAAGGUGUGGGGUAAAUCCAAUGAUGAAGUCAUCUCCAGUCAGCCUUCUCAUGUUGCUGAUGAAAGAGAGCGCAUGAUGAUGAGUGGUAGUUACAUCCGAAGAAUAACAAGGGAUACUCGUGAAGAUGAAAUGGAAGAAAAUUUAAAUCAAGUUGGGAGCAUUCUAGGCAAUCUCCGUAGCAUGGCUCUGGAUGUUGGAAAUGAGAUUGACAUCCAGAACAAGCAAGUGGAGAAAAUCAUGGAGAAGGUUGUAGUGAAUGAAGACCGAAUAAAAGAGGCUAAUACUAAAGCCAAAAAGAUUCUUAAGAGCGUCUGAGAAUUCCCUGCAGUAGCAUACCGAUCCGUGAUGAGUAGAUCUUGCUUUUUUUGGCCCCACUUUGUUGCCUGGGUUCCUCUAGGUGUGCCUUCAUAUUGUACAGUGAUGUGUCCUGAUACCAGACCCAUCACAUUGCUUGAAGAUGGAGUAUGAACCUAUUGCUUGUGCCUUGUGUGUAGGAAGUAGAACACAGUCAUGUAUUAUAAAUGCUGGAAAGGAAAAUUGUAUUGACAGUAGCAACCAUUCUGAUUCCAUGUGUCAUUUAGCAUACAGUGAGGAAAAAAAAUGUUUUUUUAUAUAUUUUUGGGGGAUAUUUA